CGGAGACGGACGACGAGACGAUCGGGUCAACCUCCGUCGGCUCACUUUGACUCCGCAUUUCAUCCUCGUCUUCCAUACCGCCUCCUCCCUCACAAGGUAUCGAGAAGCGGCUGGCCGCUUCUAACAAACGUCAUGGCAUCGCUCGGCGGCGACUUCGAAGCCUUGAAGAGGCGAGCGCAGCAGCAAGAUGCAGAGAAGCAGGCUACACUCCUCAAGCAGCGCGCUCAACAGGACAAAGAGGCCGCUGCUCGUCAAGCAGCUCUCGAGGCUAAAGAGAAGGCUGAAAGGGAGAAGCGCCGUGAGCAGCUAAAGGCACGCGAAGAGGAAAGAAAGAAGCGAGAGGCUGAGCAGAUUAGGUUGGCUGCGCAGAGGGAAGAGUGGAAGAGGCAGAAGCAAAAGGAGCAGGAACGAGCGGCAAAGGGUGAUGGGAAGAAGAGAGCGUCGCAGGAGGAUAUCGGGGACAGGGUCGUGACGAAGAAGAUGAUCAAGGCAAAGGAAAAGGCCGGGCUUGGUGGGCUGGGUAGGACGGCUGGCAAGGCAUCGUCAUCUUCGUCCUCGGACUACCUGCCUUUAACGAGACAGGAGAAGAGGGAAAGGAGGGAAAGAGAAGCAAUGGGUAUGCCUGCUCGCAACAUCAGGGCAGCCGGCAGGAGCAAUGCCGCAACCGGCGGCACUGGCGCUUCAGGGCUUCGAGGACCAGCAGGAAGCUCUUCUUCUACUCCUCUCAACGCUCGCGGAUCCAUCGCCUCCGCCUCCUCAUCAUCCUCGCGAACGGCGCUGCAAUCUUCCACCCCAGCCUCCCCCAGUCCAGCCCUCAAACUGCUCCAAGUCCGCCUCAACAAAGCCAUUGAGUCACGACGCCAAGCUGAACGCCUGCCAGAAGGCAAAGACCGCUCUAUUCAGCUACGCGACGCUGAAAGCUUGGAAAAGGACCUACGUCGCAAGAUGGCCAUGGAGCGCAAGCGUGAAGAACAGGCUGAGAUGGAAAGGAUCAAGAAUGGUGGUUUACCGCCUGGCCAGGAAGGCAGAGCUGGUGUCGUUGCCGCGGGGCCUCCCACCCCCGCGAGACCGGAAACAGCUAGAGAGCGUUUCUUAAGGGAGGAGGGCGAACGUAAAGCCCGCAAGCAGGAUGAGAAGGCGACCAGUGGCGCCAAGAAGGGCAAGCCGACCGCUGGGAAGAGUAUGCGAUUCGAUGAGGACGAAGAAGACUCAGACGCUGGGUCGGACGACUAUGAAGAUGACUCCGACCUCGACUCCUUCAUCGACGACGAUGAUGGUACUCUCGGCGCUCCUCCAGAUGACGGCGAGUCGAACGAUAUCUGGUCCAUCAUGAAUCCCGGCCGAGAGCGACGACGCUACAUCGAGGACGAUGAUGAGGACGAUGAUAUGGAGGCGGAUAUGGGGAGCGUGUUGCGUGAGGAGAUGCGAUCUGCGAGGAUGGGGCGAGAGGAGGACAAGAGGGAGGAGGAGAUACUCAAGAGAAGAGAGAGGGAGAAGGCCGAGAGGAGGAGAAUGGGGAGGUAAAUAUACGAGAGAGACUGUCGUCGUUAUUAGCAUCGCGACUGCGAAUCAGCAUCAGCAUCAGCAUCA